ACCCGCAAUGCUGUAAUAAACAAAUUUGCUCAGUUGAAUAAGAUUCUAAAAGGCAAGACAAUGCAAAAAAUUGUUCUCCUCUGUUUUGCAAUUUUGCACACUGCCUCUGCGUUAGAAUGCUUCACUUGCCCGUACGUUGCAUGUACACGCACAGACAGGAUAUACUGGGUUAAAAUGACAUGUGCGAAAUUCCCUGGCUACGCAGAACCAAAUAUCCAACCUGUCUGCAUAAAAUACGUCUUUAAAGACCAAACAUUACAGACGACGGAGGUGCACAGGCAAUGCGAUUUCGCCGAGAUCAAAAACGGAAAACCUACCAUCAACUGUAAAAUGUUCGGCGAUGAAACUGAGUGUCAUAUGUGUCUAACUGACUUGUGUAAUUCUGCGAAAAGCAUCAGUUUCAGCUUUAUAGCACUAUGGGGUGUCGCUUUGGCGAUUGCGGCGCCCAAACUUUUGUAAAUAUCACCCCACCCCUUCGCUUGUAUGAUUCGUACGAAAUAUAAUGAUGCUUUGAAAAACAAACCAAGCGUCCUGCAAGCCGUGUAUAUGUAAAGUGAUAUAGUCUUUCCGAAGUCCGUUGAACAUGUACAAAAACGCCUAGCAAUAAAAUUUAAUUAGUUUCAUAUGCGUUCCUAAAAAACGUUUCUGCUAAUGGUAAAAAAUAAUAAUAAUUUGUAUAUAAUGUGUAGAAAAUUUUUAUUAUAUGUUCA